AGAGUGGCGACAUCAAAGCUAGUGUUGCUGUGCUCAGUUUUAUUUUGUCCAGCGCUGCAAAGCACGAUGUUGACAGUGAGUCUCUGUCCAGCGAGCUGCAGCAGCUUGGUCUGCCAAAAGAGCAUGCUUCUGGACUGUGCAAAUCCUAUGAAGACAAACACUCUGCACUUCAGGACAAACUCAGAGAGACCAGCCUCAGAUUGGGAAGACUGGACUCGGUUUCUUGGCGCGUCGACUAUACCCUGAGCUCCAGCGAGCUGAGUGAGGUGAAUGAACCUCUUGUACAUCUGAAACUGCAAAAACGAGGUGCAGAGUCAGGCUGUUCAGAUAUAGCUGCUUUCUCAGUUUCUGCUGACAAGUUCAGAGUCCUGCUUGCUGAGCUCAAACAAGCCCAGGCCUUGAUGAACACACUACAGUGAAAACUGGAUUAACAAAUUGCUUGACCGGGAGUUGGACAUGUAUUAUAAAGAACUACCAAAAUGCCAUUUAUACAUUUUGUACUGUAUUAAAUAUUCUUACAUGUUAAAUAAAAUACUAAAAUGUU